UCUCGGUCCCUCCAAGGUUUGUGCUCACCUCGUGUCUCCGUCCCGCUGUCCCGCUCAUUGUUUGGUUUCUUCAAGGCAAGUGUACCGACGACUAGCCAUACCUAUCUCUAUCUCGAUUGCACCCCUCCCCCUCCCCCUCCACAUCCCACCUCCAAGCGCAAAACGCUGCCAGCGCCCAAAAUCUCUAACCAUGGCCGUCCGCAACACCAUUGACCAAGAGUUCCCCUGCUCACUAACAAUUAACGUCCCCUUCCCGACCCCGCGCCUAGCCAAAGUCGCACACAAAGCCCUCGCCGUCGACCAAGAACUCUCCCCUCUUGUCCGCCGCACCUUCUCCAUCGAUUCCGACUCACCGAGCACCGCCGACGCUGACGCCGAUGCUGCCUCCGUCCUCCGCGUACACUACAAAGCCACCACGAACCGCAUGCUUCGCGUGGCCGUCAAUGGCCUCAUGGAGAGUCUGAACCUUGUCGUCGAAGUUAUGGAGGAGCUGGAUGUUGAUGUCUUGGAACAUAAUCGGAUCUCUUCGCAAUAAGGGAUUCAUAAGAGAAGGAGAGGGAGAGACGCUGCAAGGAGGCUGAAAACGCCUCUAUGAAUUGCCACUCGAAAUAUGGAGAACUAAAAGAAGCGAGAAAGAAGAAGCCACCCUUAAAAUCUGGGAAGAGAGCGCGAGAGCGCAGUCGAACGCGACGGGAAGAGGAGACGGAAAAUGAUGCAUCAUGACUUUAUAUUUUU